CGGGAAGUCAGAGGAGUAACACAGUCGCAAUCCGCGGAAAUCAUCAACGGGACUAUUUUGCUUCACUUAGCUUAGCUCUCCAUCUGUCAACCAUCUGCUAUCCUGUCCAGAUUCAUCAGUACUGUUACAAAACGCCAAACUGGCGAUGUCGGAGUCUUACGAUUUCCUGUUUAAAUUCCUGGUCAUUGGGAAUGCUGGAACCGGCAAAUCCUGUUUGCUGCAUCAGUUUAUAGAGAAGAGAUUUAAGGAUGAAUCAAAUCACACCAUUGGAGUGGAGUUUGGCUCUAAAAUCAUCAGUGUGGUCAAUAAAAUUGUCAAACUGCAAAUUUGGGACACAGCUGGACAAGAAAGGUUCAGGUCAGUGACCAGAAGUUACUACAGAGGCGCAGCAGGAGCCCUGCUGGUCUAUGACAUCACCAGUCGUGAGACCUACAACGCUCUCACCACGUGGCUGAGUGAUGCCCGAAUGCUGGCCAGUCAGAACAUCGUCAUCAUCCUGUGUGGAAACAAGAAGGAUUUGGAUGCUGACAGAGAGGUGACCUUCCUGGAGGCGUCACGCUUCGCUCAGGAGAACGAGCUGAUGUUCCUGGAAACCAGCGCUCUGACAGGGGAGAACGUGGAAGAAGCUUUUGUGCAGUGCGCUCGCAAAAUCCUCAACAAGAUAGAAUCGGGGGAGUUGGAUCCAGAGAGGAUGGGAUCUGGCAUCCAGUACGGGGAUGCUGCACUGCGCCAGCUCCGUUCCCCCCGUCGUGCUCAGCCACAGGGCACCCAGGAGUGUGGCUGCUAAUAGGCUUACAGAGGGGAUAUUGAAGGCAUCAACAGCCGGGUGGGACCCUAAAACACUUCUGGUGACACCUCCCAGACUUUAACGCAGAACGUUUGUCGCCAUGGCCGCACCAGCCAAGAACCCUAGAAGCCUUCCCAGCCGGCCGCUCCCAUUAGCAGAGCUCCUUGGUCACCAGACCGCGUCCACUUUGCCGCGACCCUCUCUGUGCUUUGCCCUCGAGGUAGAACGCCUGGCAUCUAUGUAAGUACCGGCUCACUUGUAUUUGUGACAUUACCUCUCUUGCUGUUUACAUCUCACUCCCCGACAUGUACACCUGCACCUCCCUUUGCCAACGUAUCUUCUAAACUGUACACUGAAACUGUAUAUAGAGCUUGACGCAUGUUUUCUUAAAAUAUCAAGACAAUUUCAUUAUGAAGGCAUAUUAUUUAAUUAGAUAUCCACGUGUGCUUCACUCUCUUAUGUAUUCUCAUCAUAUCGAGCUACGGUUUAUACAAGCAGUAUGAUGGACAGCCAAUUGUAUAUUUUGUAAAUGGAUGGCGCCGGUUGUAGAUGCACUCACUAAUGUAAGAUUCUUCUUAUCAAUCUAUCCUACAGCCGAUCUGAUGUGUGUAAAUUAAAUACAUUGCGCAGUUGUUAUUAUUCAUCAUAAGCAACAUAUCUGUCACUGUAGUAUGUUUCAUCCAAAGGAUUUAAACGAAGAUGUCCCUCACUUUCUGUGUUGCUUGUUUACAUGACUUUUGACUCGACUGCUGUCGUUAAAAAACAACAACAAUCAAAUGUAAUUUUCAUCAAUUGUUUGCAAAAUGUUGUAAAAUUGCCUGAGGGGCUUCCGUUUGCCUCCAAAGCUGUUUAUGUUUUAACUCUCUUCAUAGUAAGGUUUAAUUUGAAGAAUUAGCCAUGGCCUCUUAUAUAUAUUUUGAUAUACAUUCUAUAUUUAAUUUUACAUUGUCCCUGUUAUGGAAAGUUUAAAGCACACCAUGAAGAGAAGUAAUUAGAAAUUAAGACUAUAAUGUAAAGUUUAAUUAAUCUGAUCGUGGCAUUGUCUGCCUAGUAUCAGGUUGUCUUGCAUUUUUGUCAUCAAUUCAAUUCCUGAAUUUAUAUUUUAUUCAUGUUGCUGUUCUCUCAUUAUGAAAAGCAUAUGUUUUUAAAAUAAAAAGUACAAAUUCAUGAUCCA